GUAGCGCCUCGCUCUCCUCGAUAAAUAGCGCAUGUAUCGAUAUAGAAAACUCCCGUUUUUUUCGUUCCAGUGAUAUUUUUUCCCAUUAUUAGUACCCUCAAAGUCCACUGCGUUCAAGGACAUUGCAAUUGGUAUUGCUAUCACGAUGGCGGCUGUUCAAUCCGAAGCUGGAGCGCAGCCACCCCUUCCAGAUUAUAUGCUAGACCCCAACGCCGUGCUCGGAGACGUCGGUGCUGAAUGGAGGAAUACUCGACCGCCAGACUAUUCAAAGACACGGAGCUUCUAUUCGGAAACAAAACGAUGUAAGCACGAAGCUGGUAGUCUUCCCGAGUUGGUCGAAAAUUUGGUUAAGAACUGGGAGAUCGAAGCGUCGUUUAAAACACGCCUAUCGGACUGGAGGACGAUCGAUGAUAAAGCAUUCACCUUUUCUGUCAACGAUCUCAAACCAUGCUCGGCGGAACACAUGCUUCGCGUGGGCACUUACAACGCCGUCAUCUCGCCUUGCGAAUACUACGACCCGGGACGUUCUGACUUUGCAGCUAGUCACAAGACGUUCAAGAGAAUGAUGCCGACGUUUGCGUGGGAAGUGCUAGAAGUGCAUAGCGGACCACCCGUAGUCUCGUUCAAGUGGCGGCACUGGGGUGAGAUGAAAAACGAUUACGUGGGCCAAAACCGUGAUGGAGAGAAAGUCACAGUAAAGGCAAACGGACAGUUGAUUGAUAUUGAAGGAGUCACGGUGGCUCAUCUCAAUAGCAAGUUUCAAGUCACGGAGCUGAAGACGUGGUUUGAUUCGAAUGAGAUGUUCAAGCAAAUGGAUCCGGACGGUGUCGCGAUCAAUAAGAGUUCGGAAUAGAAAUAAAGAAAGCUUAGCGUCGUCAUAGGAAGAGUACCUACCUAGGUAUAUAAACAUCUAGGGUAGAGGUAUUAACAGCAAUGUCUUUCUCCCGGAUAAACCGUAGUAGACUCUGUGGAAGCCGCAUUGAUACAUACCUAUCUAUCUUUUAUAUUCAUCUCUAGACCGUCUGCUGAUACGGGGUUACAAGUUGUCGAGCAUCUGGGAGGCUUACCACUAAGAGCAAACUCUUACAGCAUUCAAAAUGCCAUGGAUCAACUCAAUGAUAGGUUUAUAACUUACCUAGCAGAGCCAUGCGUAUCCAUCGUCGCCCA